UCCCCUCCCUCUUCCCAGGCAUGUUCCAGCGCCUGGACAAACUCCGUAAAAACGCCUUCGCCAGCGUCAUCCUCUUCGGCACCAACAACGACAGCAGCAUCUCGGGCGUCUGGCUCUUCCGCGGGCAGGAGCUGGCCUUCCCGCUGAGCCCGGACUGGCAGGUGGAUUACGAAUCCUACACGUGGCGGAAGCUGGACAGCGAGAGCGCCGAGUGCAAGACGCUGGUGAAGGAAUAUUUCUUGUGGGAGGGGGAAUUCAAACACGUCGGCAAACCCUUCAACCAGGGGCAAGAUCUUUAAGUGAUGCCCGACGCCCGGCAUCGUGCCGUCGCGGUUAUUCCCUUCUCCGGCCCUAAAUCCCAACGGAAAUAAACCCGCGCCGGAGCGCCGCCGGCUCUGUCA